UAAAGCUGACAGCAACCAGUGGUGUCAGUUGAUUUUCAGCGGGCAUCGGAACACCAGUGACAUAUACAGAAUGUUUGCAACAUCUGCCAUAAUUCUCAUAGCAUUGCAUCUUAGCAGCGCCAAACAUGAAAAUCUAACGAAAAACUAUAAAUUUCCAAAUAAAGAAUUAGUAUUAUCGGAGGCAUCAUUCAAUAAUGCAACUUUGUUCUACGCAUCGUGCGAACAAUCGCCAAAGCAGUGUACCGUCAUCCACGAAACGAAUCCUUUCAAUAGAUCGACUGUGACAGCAAAGUGCGAGGUGAACCUCAAAUCUGACAAUGUACAAUUGUUGGUUGGUUCGCGUAAACAGAAAGCUAUCUUCAUCACGGUAUCCAAAUCUUCGAUGGUUCAAGCGACUAUUGUUAAUAUGUCCAGUUGUAAAUCUGUGGAAAUGGACAUAGUAGAGGUUCCAUCGGAUUGGAGCAACAUUCAACUGUACUACAAAUAUAUUGACGUUGUUGUGUUCGAAAAGAGCUUCGACGUUAUUAUCAAAGGAUUGAGUAAUAUCUGUAGCGAGCCUGACAGAAAAAUUUACUGUAGCUUUACAUUUGAUUACGAGGGAAAGAAAAUUGGUGGACCGACUGUGUGGCCAAAAAUGUAUUACGAUGAAAUGGAUAUAGUUUCGCCUAUUUUGCCAGCAGUUUCGGGAGAAUGGUAUUUCUUUGUGAAACGAGAAGAUUCUUUAUCAGCGCUGUUGGUUGAUCGACAUGGCGGUCCUGAAUAUGAAAGGAUGUACAAAAUGCCAAAAGUUCAUUUAGAUAUUUGGAAAGAAGGUUACUCGACCACUAACAACGCGCACGGGAUGUGCUACGAUUUGAUGAAUUCGACCAUCGGAUGUUGGCAAAUGGGUGUAGAAGGACGAAAAUUAAUUACAGAAUUUACUUUCAAGCAUCAACAUCAAACAGCCAAACUUUCCGUUCAUAAUUUGCGUAGCGGUGGAUUUAUUAUAUUGUUGAUUACAUGUCCAGAACAAAUUUGUUCUGGCAUUGAAGAUCAUUAUUAUCUCUUGAAAGUCGAUGCACAAGGAAAAUUCACUGGCCAUGUAAAUGUAGAAGUCAAAAGUCAGUGUAACGCGAAAAACAGUGAUAUCCUGGCUAAAGUAUUUGAGAAUGAUCAAGGGCAGUAUUGCGCAGUCCGGCUAUGCAAAAGUCACACUCACGAGGAGGGUCGUCUGGAAACUUCGAUCGACUGUUUUUCUAAUAAUGAUUUCACGCAGUAGCAAAAUUAGAUGUUAAAAUUUACGUUUUUUAUUACGAAAACUGUUCAAUAAAUUGUUUUUUGCAUUAAAUUUCCGUUUUUAGUUUCAUAACUUU